CUUUUUCUUCCAUUGCCAAAGAAAACAAGUUAAUAUUGUUAGUGACUUUUAGACUCUUGUUUCUGUGCUGCCUUUGAUUUUACCCACAUUUUUAGACUGCAUUACAUGCCUGUCAUGGGUGAAACAUUUCACAUAAUUUGCCUGCUGUGGGUAUUUGUGAAUGUGUGUGAGCCGCUCAUGUUUGGAGAGGUGUCUUCUCCACGGUAUCCUCAACCAUAUUCUGGAAAUCUCAAUGAACAAUGGGACCUGGAAGUGCCAAUGGGGUAUAAGAUCCAGCUAACAUUCAAUCAUCUGGACAUUGAGGCCUCUCCAAACUGUCUUAACAAUUCAGUUAUGGUUAUUUUUGAUGAGAAGAUUCAGGGAAAGUUCUGUGGCCAGAAUUCCACAGACAGAUUUCACCCCGGAGAUAAGUCCGUCUUAGCCCAUGGAAACCGUCUCAAGGUGAUUUUUCAAACAGAAGACACAAAACGCAAUUCACAUCUCGGCUUCACUGCAUUUUUCCAGGCUGUUGAUGUUGAUGAAUGUAAAGACCCUGAUAAUAAGUGCACUCAACUCUGCAAUAACUACAUUGGAGGUUAUCGCUGUUUCUGCAGACCAGGGUAUUUCCUCAACCUCGAUCAGCACACCUGCACAGUUGUGGAUUGUAAAAUUCCAAAGCUUCCAGAUAUGGCAGAGCUAACAGUGAAAGAACCUCUUACAACUUUCCAAGAACAAAUCACCCUCAAGUGUUCAUCUCAAUAUUACCAGAUGACUGGAAAUGACAAUUUCUCCUGUGAUGCAAGUGGUAAUUGGGUAUCUGAGAGUGGUCAAAAACUUUCUGAGGAUUCACGUAUGUGUGAACCAGUGUGUGGCAUGAACUCAGAGGUCCUGUUUGGUGGAAGAGUCUAUGGUGGGAAGCCAGCCAAACUGGGACAGAUUCCCUGGAAGCUCUUACACAGAUCAAAUCCUAGAGGUCAAGCUUUUCUGAUCAGUGAUCAGUGGGCGCUCACAGCUGCUCAUCUAGUGGAUGAACACGAAAACCAAACCAUGCAGUUCACUGGAGGAAUGAUUGAUGAAACUGAUCAACGUUCAGUCACAUUAAUAACUGAGAAAAUCAUAAUUCACCCAAACUAUGAGAACAUAGGUAAAUAUGGACAUGAAAUUAACUUUGAUAAUGACAUCGCCCUGAUCAAAAUGUCCCAACAAGUUAAACUCGGUCCAAACAUCAGGCCGUUGUGUCUACCAAAAAAAUCAGAUGGAACUGUGUUGGAGGGUAUGAAGGGUACAAUCUCUGGUUUUGGAGGUAUUAAGCAAGAAACAAAAAGUAAUCUUUUGCUUCAUGGCCGUGUUGAAGAGUAUUCCCUUGAAAAAUGUUUGUCCUAUGACCUGCCUGUAACUGAUAACAUGUUCUGUGCUGGAAAUGAAAAUGAACAAAUUGACAGUUGUCAAGGUGACGGCGGUGGUGCGUUGUUUUUUCCUACUUUGGGCACUGCAUCUCUAGAUCAGCGCUAUGAGGUGAGGGGCAUUGUGUCAUGGGGUCCUUCUGUAUGUGGUCAUAAAAGUUUUAAAGGUUAUUACACAAAAGUGCGAAACUACCUGGACUGGAUCAGGGAAACUAUGGCAAGAAACUAAUAUGUCAGCUGUCCUUUGUCAGUCAUUAUUUCCCCUCAUAUACUUUAACCUGGAGAGCCUUUUUGUAUAAUUUUUUCACUGUAUGUCACUCUUAUACAGUGUUGGGUUUACAGUGUUUACUAGUUACUAAGUUGUAAGUUAUUGUAAUUUAAUUACUUGUGUUAAAAAAAGUAAAGUAAGGGAUUACCAAUUUUUUUUCUGUGGUUUAAUUACAGUUACUUCUAAUGUAAUUAAACUAAACACUUUGUAUAAUAAACGUGUGUUCUAAAGUGGAAUUGACUUCAAAAUACAAAGUCUAACUUUAAAAUCUGUGAUUUCAUUUAUAACUCUCAAAUUUUUAAUAGUGUAAUACUGUAACACUGUAGUACUGUAAUACUGUAAUACUGUUGAUCAGUCAAUAUUAUUACUUUAUGUAGUUUUAUAUAAUUUAUUUGAAUGAAUUUAAAGAGCUGUCUCAUGUCUAUCCUUGAAUCUGUUUAACUAGUCAAGGUUGAUAUUGGAACAAAAACAUUUCAUAGUGUAAACAGUUGAUACAGCAGACAUGGCAUAAUAGUCUGUUUCUGUACUUCGGUAACACUUUACAAUUAGGUUGUAUUUGUUAACAAUUAGUGAACUAACAGUAAUACCUCUACCCCAUUUAUUAAUCUUAAAUUCAUGUUAAUUUCAACAUUUACUUAAACAUUUUGUAAAUCAAUUGUUGUGUCUGCAUAAGGUAGAACACCAUGAACUAACAUGAAUAACUUUACUGACAUUAAUUUACAUUAACAAUGAUUAAUAAAUGCUGAAAAAACACAUUUUAGCUAUGUAAUGUUAAUGAAAUUUCUACUGUUAACAAAUACAACCUUACUGUUAAGUGGUACUUCUUAAUCAAGAGUCACUUUUUUUAUUUGUAUAUCUAUGUAAAAUUAAUUUAUCUGUAUAGUUCAUACACUAUGAUUUAACAGUCUAUUUCAUAUUGUUUUACAUGCACUGUUGAUUGUAUUGCAUGUAUGUCUGACUGUCUCGGGAAUUAUUAUAAUCUAGUAAUAUGGGGGAUGAUGAUAUUAAAGCAAGGCAUAAAUGAAGCAUGAUGAACACAUCCAUUCCCUCCAGCUUAUCCUUUGAAAGCUGGAGUCCAGGCCAAACUCGACAGGGACCAGCGUAUCACAGACUCUUAACCUCAAAUUCUGUUCUUUGUUGUCUUCUCAUUUACAUGGUGUUUUUUCUCCCUUCUUUCUGUUGCUUCUCCAGUUUUAUUUGUGCUUUUAUAAGCCAUACAAAAUUAAACUCAUUUUGGUUUUAACUUUUA